CAACCACAUGAUGACGCUAUGCUUUCGGUUCAUCUUCCACCCAAUUAUUUGGCAUAGGAAGACAAUGUAGUAUGGUUUCAGAUCAUAUUAAAGAUAACGAUGCCAUGCUGAAUAUAUCCCUUUUCAUCAUCCAGUUGACCCCAAAUCCAAAGCAAAUCGACUUUUGGUAAUAACAGAAUCUCACUUGCGUUGGCCUUUGCCACGUCAUUUGAGAAGAAGAAUCUGCGAGUGUCACUUGCUGGAUCCAUCAAAACAAAUUGGAGGGACUCUCAGCUGAGUUCCGAACCAUGGAUGAUGAUGAAUAUGCCAAGCUCAUCAGGAGAAUGAAUCCCCCCAGAGUCGUAAUAGACAACAACGCUAGCGAGGAUGCCACUGUUAUCCAGGUUGAUAGUGUUAACAAACAUGGGACUCUCUUGGAAGUAGUGCAAGUGCUCACUGAUAUGAAUCUCGUGAUCAAGAAAGCUUACAUCUCCUCUGAUGGGGGUUGGUUCAUGGACGUCUUCAAAGUCAUCGACCAAGAUGGGAACAAGCUCACAGACACUCAAGUCCUUGACUAUAUCCAAAGGAGGAUAGAGAGCAACGCCGGGUGGUUUGUCCCACCUUUACGAAGCUCGGUUGGUGUAGUGCCCUCUGACGAAUACACCACGAUUGAGCUCGCUGGAACGGACAGACCCGGCCUCUUGUCUGAAGUAUCUGCCGUUCUCACCGACCUUCACUGCAACGUUGUCAACGCUGAGAUAUGGACUCACAACACCAGAGCUGCAGCUGUUAUUCAUGUCACGGACAACUCAACUAAUUCAGCAAUCACAGACCCAAUUCGCCUUUCCGCCAUCCAAGAGCUGCUCUGCAAUGUAGUCAGGACAAACAGCGGCUCAAGAGCUGCCAAAACCGUGUUUUCCUGUUCUGACACGCACAGGGAGAGACGGCUGCAUCAGAUCAUGUUUGAUGAUAGGGACUACGAGGGAGUCAAAAGAGCAAGGACGUCGGCGUCAAGGCCCAGUGUCACACUAAUGAACAUUGACAAGGAUUAUACUGUUGUGACCAUGAGGUCCAAAGAUAGGCCCAAGCUUGUGUUUGACGUUGUAUGUACUUUGACUGAUAUGCAGUAUGUUGUGUUCCACGGCAUGGUCAGCACACAACCACUAGAGGCGUAUCAGGAGUUUUACAUCCGCCAUGUAGAUGGGCUUCCCAUCAAUUCAGAAGCUGAGCAAGAGCGUGUCAUUCAAUGCCUUGAAGCAGCCAUCGAGAGAAGAGCGUCCGAGGGUUUAGAGCUGGAACUAUCAGCAGAAGACCGAGUUGGUCUCCUCUCGGACAUAACCAGAACAUUCCGAGAGAACAGCUUAACUAUUGUCAGAGCAGAGAUUUCAACGCGGGAGGGUAAAGCUAAAGACAGGUUCUACGUCACAGACGUGACUGGAAACGCUGUUGAAUCAAAAAUCGUGGAGUCAAUAAGGCAACAGGUAGGAGUAAGCAAGCUGAAGGUGAAGAACAACGAGGAAUGCUCUGUUCUUGGCACAAGCAGGGCUUCGCAAGAAACAACUAUGGGGUAUUUGCUUAGUAACAUCUUCAAAGCCAAGUCUCACUCGUAAAAGUCUCGUAAAGUAUGUGCUUUUGUAUAGAUAAGAGGACUAUGAUUAGACAGAGUGGGCAUGUCGCAGUUAAGCUGGUCGAAAAAGUAGCGAUCUUUUGAAUGUGCCAUCUCCUUAAAAGGAAUCGCUUUUUUUUUGUAAAUUCGUUUGAUUGAAUAACAGGAAUGAGCCUGUUUCUGUGUUUAGGCGGGGAGCAGAUAUGAUAUAGAUUGUUUUAUAAAAAGGGUAUUCGAUUAGUGAGCA